AUGGGGGAAGGGCGCCACACCAGGGGGGCAGAUGCCCAGUCCGGGGGCGGAUCUCACCUUGCCUCAGGCCCCAACCCCAAUCCCCUUCGUUGCUUCCUUCUUCACGACUCAGAGAUUCGGGACUGCUCUGCUCCGCUCUCUGCACCCGCACUCUCUCCUUGUCCAGGAGAAAAUGCCAGCGCGGCAGCUCUGGGCGACCCCGCCUCUUCGCCUAAUAUACCACCCACCGCCUCAGGAAGCCCCGCGCAUGCGCAACAGAUCACUGUCCAAAUAAGAGUCCCGCUUGCUUUCCCAACAAAAGCUUCAUCCUGGAGACCUUGUCGCGCAUGUGCACUUGGAGGAGAUCCCGCCUCUUUGCCAGCACACUAUCCCACCGCCAACCAGUCUUUCUACGAUCUCAGUGCCAUCAGCGGGAAUGGGGUGAAGACAGAUUUUCACACACUGAGCAGGGCAGUGCUGAUUGAGAGUGUGGUACCAAUGUAUCGAACAACUACCCAGGACUUCCACCAGCUCCAUGAGUUGCAAUGUAGCUUUCCCAGGUGCCUGGUGGUUCUUAACUUCCUUAGCAACCAGUUUGGAUAUCAGAAGAACUGUCAGAAUGAGAUCCUGAACAGCCCUAUGUAUGUCAUCCCUAGGGGUGGGUAUCAGCCCACCUUCAGUCUUACCCAAAAAUGUGAUGGCACUGCACAGAACCAGCAUCCUGUCUUUGCCUAUCUGAAAGACAAGCUGCUCUACCCAUUCUCUCCCACGACCAGUCCCCAGCUCAUCAUGUGGAGCCAUUCAGAUGUAGCCUGGCAUUUUGUGAAGUUUCUCAUAGGGCCAGAAGGGGAGGCUUUCCAUUGUUACAACCUCACCUUCCAAACCAUCAAUAUCAACUCUGACAUCAAAUGUCUCCUCAAAGUUGCCAUCUAA